GCCCAUUAGCCCAAAUAUUCCGCCGAUCGGCCCGCACCAAGUUUCCGGCAGCAGCAGAGGAGCGGCGCGCGCGCGUUGUCGUUCGUCGUCGUCUCGCUCGCCGACGCAACCAACGCAACGCAACCGCGACCGUUUCGAAUUCGAGCGGUUUCACGCUCACGCGCGCCACGUUUGUCCCCACCCCACAGCCGCGGGGGUGAUUAAAAACGGAAGCGAAUGCCGCCUCGGCCUCCUCGUCCUCACAAACUUCUCGUUUUCCUCGUACUCUUCCUCUUUUCUGUCCCCUUACUCCGGCCGAUUCACAUGGCGCCCACCGCCGCGGUUGCCGGGGGUGGCGUGGAGGCGGAGGCGCUGCUGGGGCUGCUGCAGCGGGUGCAGUCGGAGGCGCUGCGGGCGUUCGGGCCGAACGACUUCGACCCCAAGCUCUACGUCGACCUGCCGCUCGCCGCCGACGCCAGCGCGGCGGCCGCGCUGGCGUCGCUGCCGCGGGCGGCGCCGUCGAGGGGCGAGAUGGAGGCCUACAUCUCGAGGUACUUCGCGCUGGCCGGGUCCGACCUCGUCGCCGCCGCCGACCCGCCGGACUUCGAGCGCGACCCCCCCGGGUUCCUGCCCAGGGUGGAGCGCGCCGAGGCGCGGGCCUGGGCGCUGGAGGUGCACGCGCUGUGGAAGGACCUGACGCGGCGGGUGGCGCCGGCCGUCGCGGCGCGCCCCGACCGGCACACGCUGCUGCCGCUCCCCGGCAGGGUGGUCGUGCCGGGCUCCAGGUUCCGGGAGGUCUACUACUGGGACUCCUACUGGGUCGUCAGAGGUUUACUGGUGAGCAAAAUGUAUGAGACGGCAAAGGAUAUCGUGCUUAAUCUUGUGUAUCUUGUUGAGAAAUAUGGUUUUGUUCUGAACGGGGCAAGAUCGUACUACACUAACCGAAGCCAGCCACCACUUUUAAGCUCCAUGGUUUUAGACAUAUACAUGGCAACUGGUGAUAUGGCUUUUGUGAGGAGGGUAUUUCCCUCACUGCUGAAAGAGCAUAGUUUCUGGAUGUCAGAGGUUCACAAUGUGGCAGUAAUGGACAAUCAUGGACGGGUACAUAAUUUGAGUCGCUACCAGGCUAUGUGGAACAAACCUAGGCCAGAAAGUGCAACAAUUGAUGAGGAAUUUGCUUCAAAACUUUCUACGGCUGCUAAAGAAAAAUUCUACCACCAAGUUGCUUCUACAGCUGAAACAGGAUGGGAUUUUAGCUCUCGAUGGAUGAGGGAUUCUACUGACAUGACAACUCUGACAACAUCUUGCAUAAUACCUGUGGACUUGAACACAUUCAUAUUGAAGAUGGAACAGGACAUAGCUUUCUUUGCUAAACUCAUUGGAGAGAGCACAACAUCAGAAAUAUUUUCAGAGGCUUCAAAAGCACGCCAUAAUGCAAUUGAUUCUGUUCUGUGGAACGCUGACAUGGAGCAAUGGCUUGACUACUGGCUUCCUACUGAUGGAAACUGCCAGGGAGUCUACCAAUGGAAAUCUAUCUCACAGAACCGCGCCAUCUUUGCUUCUAAUUUUGUACCUUUGUGGUUAAAUGCUCAACAUUCAGGCUUGGAGCAAUUUGUCGAUGAGGCAAAAUCAGUGAGAGUCAUGAGAAGCCUCCAGAAAUCAGGAUUACUGCAACCUGCAGGAAUCGCAACUUCCUUAUCAAACACAGGGCAACAAUGGGAUUUUCCAAACGGAUGGGCCCCGUUGCAGCAUCUGAUAGUCGAGGGAUUGUUGAGGUCUGGUUCAGGAGAGGCAAGGGAACUUGCUGAGGACAUUGCCACGAGGUGGGUGAGAACAAACUAUGAUGCCUAUAAGGCUACCGGCGCGAUGCAUGAGAAGUACGAUGUGGUGACCUGUGGAAAAUCUGGAGGUGGGGGUGAAUACAAACCCCAGACUGGUUUUGGUUGGUCCAACGGUGUGAUAUUAUCAUUCUUGGAUGAAUUUGGAUGGCCUCAGGACAAGAAGAUAGACUGCUAGUCAUCAUGAUGAAUGUUAAACCCCAUCUUCGCAGAUGCAGAAUGUGGCUAGGCUAGGCAGGUGUUUUUGUGUGCAACUGUAUAUACACGGCUGUGCAUUACACGCAAAGUUGAAGAGGCAUUCUGCAAUUCUGCUGUAGUUUUUAUCUGACAAACAUUUGCAUUCAGAUUUCAGAGCAUCACCCGCAACUGUGUUUUUUUUUCUUUUUUUGUAACUUGCCCUUUGCUGUAACUCGUAUCAAAGCUCAAAGCAAGAAGAAUCUUCAUGUAUCUGAUAUGUUGUACAUUUGUAUCUGAAUUCUGAAACUAUCAAACAACAUAUCUAGUUGAUUUA